AACACAAAACGAAUAUAAAAAAUAUCAAAAAUUCUCAUAACUUUUCUAACACAUCCCAAAGAUUUUACCUCAGAAAUGCUUAAAAGCCAAAACAGGACUUUGACAAAGCAACUUAUAAUAUUAAAAUUUAAAACCAUUUUGAAAACCUGAGAACACAAAACUCAAAGUGACAUUUUAAUGAAAAAUAAAUUAAAAACAACAGCAAAAAUAGUCUUCUAACUGCUUCUAAAAGAACUAAACAUUUCGAAGUGAAUAAUUAGUGAAGAAAUGAUCUAAGCUGUCAGUCUUCCAAUUUUAGUUGAAACCCGUGCGAUCGUUAAAUCCUAUCAACUACCUUACCCUAAAACGAAAUUACACAAACAGCGAAAAUUUUGCCCUCAUUUGCUCAAUUAAAAAUGCUCAACAUGGAGUCACCGCAGAUGUACGAUACCGUGCAGACCCUCUCCCAGCUGGACCUCAAAAAACAGCCUCCGCCCCAACAGGCGAUCAUCGGCCAAAUCACUCUGACCGCCAUGUCCAGUGCCCAGCAGCAGAACAAUAAUGCAAAUGGCAGCCUAAACAACCCCAACAGUAACAACAACAAUGGCACAGAUGCCAACAAUAACAAUAAUGUUGGUAAUUUGGCAGCUGCCGCUGCUGUUGCAGCCCAUCAACAGAAUUCCGGCCUUGUGGUCAAACAGCACGCAGUCCAUCAGAUGCAACAUGCAGCCGCAGCUCUAAACAACAACAACAAUGCAUCCACCAUUAAUGCCAAUGUAAACAAUGUAAACAACCUGCUGCAGAAGCAAAUGCUGCAGCAAUACUCUCAAUCCGAUCUGGACGAGUUAACCGCACAGGAAAUCACUUUAGAUCUGCAACACUUAAUUGACGAUCAGUUUCGCGAACAGGAGGGCCUUGGUAUUUUCAGUGACAUGGUUACGAGUCCAGGUGGACUUUCGGCCACCCUACCACCGAACGGCAUGGUGAGUGCCGCCGCAAAAGUUUUGCAACAGCACCAACUGCAACAACAAUCGCUACGAACUCAACAGCAUAACUACGGGCGCAGCGCUCUGGCCUACAUGCCACAAGCGGUGCACUCGGGCGCAGCCUACAGUAAUAACUCGAGUGAUGAGAACUCAUCGGUGGGCUCAGACACGUCCACCAUCAAAGAGGAGCCCAUCGACCCGGAAUAUCGACGUCACCUGCAGGAAACGAACGCAAACAAUGCAGCGGCGGCUGCUUUCAUCACAAAUAGUGGCGCCAACGGACUCUACAAUCCUUACCAGACAACGACCAAUAAUGGACCAGUAAACAACGGCGUCAUGAACAAUGGCGGCAGCGGUGCAGCGCCCAACUUCACAAAUCUCACCUCAGCCAAUGUUUUGGCCCAUCACUCCGUGAAUCUGCCUCAUCUAGCAGCUGGUGCGCACCUCCUCAAACACCACAACAAACAACUGCAACACCAACGUAAGUCUUCACUCAAGCAUGUGGAUAAGGGCAGCGAAGAGUACCGACGAAGAAGAGAACGCAACAAUAUAGCAGUGCGAAAGUCGCGCGAAAAGGCAAAGGUGCGCUCGCGCGAAGUGGAAGAGCGCGUCAAGUCAUUGCUGAAGGAGAAGGAGGCGCUUUUGCGCCAACUACAGGAGAUGACCAAUGAAAUUCAACUACACAAACAGAUCUACAUGCAGCUAAUGAAUCAUGCGAACCCCGAAGUGAGUCGUGUCUGCCGCAGUUUCCUCAACACCAACGAGCACGGGCUGUAGAAGCGCUAGGAUACCGCGCGAUCGGCUAUCAUUAGCGAUGAUGAUAAGCGGUACCGGAUAUCAUGAGGCAUACGUGCGAUUACGAGCGUGAAUUUUUUGUCUUCAUUUGUAAAUAAGCAAUGUGUGUGUGUGUGUGUGAGUAUCUCCAUGUCUGGAUGUAUGUAUUUGAGUAUUAGUAAAAUUUCUAGAAGCAAACGCUAUCGCUGUGGGCUUAAUAUUUUUAAGGUCUCAUUUUUUAUACAAUCUAUGGAUACUGUAAAUUGUAAAAUAUAUAGUUUAAAGAGAGAGUCGAAAUAGAGGCAUUCCUCAAAAACCUGAAUCUAUAUAUAGUACAUAUGUAUUUAAAUUAAAUGUGAAUUGCUUUUUUAAACAUAAUUUAUUUUAAAUACUGUCAUAAUUUUAGCAAAGCAAACAAGCAAGCAGGUUGACGGAGUUAUAUAAGAUAUUGUCAGCAGAGGAAACUUAAGGUAAAAUAUUUAAUUUUCUGCACGGCAGUUAAAAUUCGAAAUGAAAAAUGCUGGCUUCGUAAUAUCUUCAAUAAUUUUCGAAAACUGUGAUAAUUUUUUUAAAGAGCUAGGAGGAGAGGAUAAAUAUAAAACGCAUCCCUCUUUCAUUUGCCUCUUUCAACAAUACAGCAAACAGCAUUGCCAAUCCUAAACGCACCGUGACACUUAAUCACUUACGAAUGCAAAAAUUGGAAAAUGAAAAAUAUACAGAUGCCUGCAAACAAUUCCAAAUAAAUAAAAUAUAUGCUUGUGUGUUUCUGAUAUGCUUGUUUUUAUUGCUUUAUUUUUCAAAGUUUAUACUCGAUGGUUCGUACUUAUUUAAUUUAAAUGCUUUCCAUGCGUUUCAAAUGUAAUUUAAUUUAAUAGAAGGUUUAAAAAUGUAAGAUAAGCCAAAGAAGUUUUAAGUAAAAUAAUUAUAAAUGAAAUUGUAAACACCCAAAAUGGGCAAAUAUGCAAUAUAUAUGUAUGUGGAUGUAAAUACAGAUAAUAAAAAACAGCAAAAAUAGAAAUCAGCACAGUAAAGGUUAUUUUGAAUGGAAGAAUCGAACUAAGGAAAUUUGUGGCAAGUUAAGAUUAAAGCGAAAAUGUGCCCAUUUCACCGUUGAAUGCUGAGUAAAACUCUAACUUACAUGCAAUUCUUAGUUUGAGUCUAAGGCGCACGAUUUCAGCGCACUAAGAAACAGAAUUUUGAAAUAGCUUUGGCUCAGCAAGGCUUUGACGCAUAAACUCAAAAGUCAAAACUUUGCGUUUCUUUCUUUUUUUAGACUUAUGAAUAAAAGCUUUAACAUCCAUUCUGAGUGUAACUUAUAUUUGAAAAUUUGUAAGCCCUUUACAAUGCAAUCAAACAUUUUUUUUAAUUCCUAAUUCCCAGGCAAUUUCGCAAGUUUUCAAAUGACUCAGCAUUUGGAAAAAAGUACCUCCGUAUUUUUUUGCUUCUAAUUCACAAAGUAUGUGUUUGAGGCGCCCUUUGAAUUGAAAAGUGCUGCGCAAAUGUGCUAUAGACUUUAAGGGAAAUGUAAUGUUAUCAGUUAGACAUUAUCUGAAUUAUAUCUUGCACACGUGAAAGUUAUUCACUGCAACAUUCACGCACCUCAUAAUUAACUGCUAUACUUAUAAAGAUUAUACAUUGCACUGAAAGCUUUCUUAGCUUUCGAAACUGAUGAGUUUGGCAUGCUGAUCCUUAGCGAAAUUUUUUCUUUAACUUAAAAUGUUCCCAUAUUUUGGCAAGAGUAUGAAGUUAUAUUUUGUUGUAAAUAUGUAACCGUAUGUGUUAAGCAGCAACCUUAGAUAAAGUACUUUUGCUUGUUAAUUCAUGUGCGUAUGUAGGCACGUCUGCUUUAGCAAAUACCUACGCUUAGGUGUAGAUUAAAUAUUUUCAGAGAAUAGUUUAAGAUUUUACAUACUCAAUACCUUAUCAUUUGUAAAUUAUCUCAUUUCAAAUUAUUUAUGAAUUUUGUAAAAUU